AUGAAAUGGAGAAGAGAUGCAAAAGAAGGAACAGUUAUGGCUGGCGGAAAUCUCAAUCAAUUAUAUCGACCUCAAGGAGUCAUUAUUGAUUAUUUAGGUCAAAUCUAUGUGGCAGAUCGUGAGAAUGACCGAAUAAUGCGUUGGUGCGAAGGAAAAGGUGAAGUUGCUGUUGGUGGAAAUGGUGAAGAAAAUCAAUCGAAUGGUCCUCCAGGUUUAUCUCUUGAUGAUGAAGGAAAUCUUUAUGUUGUUGAUUUAUGA